GCUUGUUAGCUUCAGGCUGUUGAAUUAAGACAGAGGCGGCAGUUGGUCUCCGCUUCCGGCACAAACCAGUGAAACGUGCGAGUUGGUGUUUUUGUUUUUGAGUGUUUUAUCGGAGGAAGUGUUGGUCUGUCUGUCACACAAACAAACAAACAAACAACAAACUCUUUACUUUUAGUUUGUUGGCGCCGAAGCCGCAGCGAUGUGUGGAGAAUGAGAGGAGGUGGAGGUGGAGGUGGUGUCGGUGCAGAGCCGCGAUUCUUUACGUUUGAUCGGCUCCCGUGAAGACCGAGGACGGUUUUCUCCACCGGCAGAGAUAAAGAAGUGAAGCAGCUUCUCAGCAGAUAGCAGAGUGCAAGAUGGGGUCUUUCCGGCGUCCCAGGCCUCGGUUUAUGAGCUCUCCGGUUCUGUCGGACCUCGCUCGGUUCCACGCCAGCUCACCUGCUCUACAGAUCUCCAACACCAGCGUGUGGAACAGCGUCCAAUCAGCUGUGAUCAAGGUGUUCCAGGGCGGAGCUCUGCAGUCUAAUGAGCUGUACACGCUUAACGAGAGCAUCAGGUGGCUUCUUAAAACGGAGAUGGGCUCCUUCAUCACCGACUACUUCCAGAAUCAGCUGCUGACUCGAGGUCUGUCUGAAGUCCUGGAUCAGAUCCUCCUCCACUCUGGUGAGACUGGUGACGACCAGCUCGUCGUCCUCGCAGACAUGUGGGACCGGUUCUUCACAGAGACCCUCCCCACCCUGCAGGCCAUCUUCUACCCCGUCCAGGGUCAGGAGCUGACAGUGAGGCAGAUGGCUCUCCUGGCCUUCAGAGACCUGGUGCUGUUGAAGCUCCACCUGGAGGAAACUCUGGGAGCUGCUGCCUCCGUCCCCCCACCUGUCACACAGAUGCUGCUGGUGCUGCAGGGUAUCCAUGAGUCCAGUGGUCCCAGUUUGGAGUAUUACCAUUUGGAGCGUCUGGUGGAGAUCGUCGUGUCUCCGUAUCUGAGCAACGUCCUGCACAACAGAAACCAGCUGCUGUUAGAGCCCCGUCACCUCCGGUCGUCGGGGUCGUUGCUAAGCGACCAGCCAGAGAUCACCAUCACUCAGCAUCACAGCUCCUCGGACUCGUCGUCUCUGGCUCCCCUGGUGGAGCAGGAGGGCGAGGCCUACCUGGAGAAGGUGGGAGGUGUGCGGCGCCACACGGUGGCCAACGCGCACUCGGACGUGCGGCUGCUGUCGGCGUCGGGCAGGUUGCACACCGCGACGGAGAAGGAGAACGGGGUGAGAGGCGGCGAGGGCAGAGUGGGGUUUCUGGUCGGGGACGGGCCGAUGAGUCCCAGGCCCUUCUCCAGCCAACCGGACAUGGUGGAGCCUCCGAGCGGAGGAGUGAUCUGCCUCACUAACAGCUAGCUGGACUGGACUAAUGAGACAAUGGACACGUGAGAAAAAUGAGAAUACAGGAUCAGAACCUGACAUGAUGAUAAAGUACAGGAUGACGGAGAAAUGAUGAGACGUAGAGGAAAUAUAAGACGAGACGGGACAAGAAGACAAGAUGGAGACAGGAAACAGGACAGGAAACAGGAAGCCACAGGAGCGGACAGAGGACGGCGUUAACAGACUGUAAACCACUGCUGCAGACUCAUCACUUUUGGUGAAAUUUGCUGUUUUGAAUUUAAAACAUGUCUUUAAUUGAACAGAUAAAAAUGGAUUUGGUCUGGCUGUGAUAACUAACGUUCAGGAAGAGAGAGACGGGUGAGGCGGAGUCGUCACCUUUUUCUCCCUUCACUUUUUACAGUUUGCAGCUUUGGGAAUUAAAAAGACAGGAAACCACGACAAGAAACAGGACAGAGGACUCAUCCUGUCCCAGCAGCAGCAGGAGGAGAAACACUGACUCUGGUUUUUAUUAAAGAGCAGCAGAACUGAUCCAGGAUCAGACUCUGUCUUCAGGACUGUUCUUACCCUGUGGACAGAACCAGGCUGCAGGUCCUGGAUCCAUAUGUAUCUGGAUCCUGCAGGUCCAUAUGUAAAUAUGUUUCUGUCUUUUAGUUUGUUACUGAAUAAAAAGAUGAUUAAUGAAACAAAUG